GGUUGCUCUCCCAUUUUAGAGCUGUAGCUCCAAGCGUGAGGGUAGAAAGCAGCAGGGGAAGAAAAAAAUUACAGAAAGAUUUAAGCAGAAAGGAGAUGAAUUUAUUGCAACAAAUCUGACCUCUCAUUUAGAAGGAUUAACUGUACCUGCAUUGACACAUUAAUACCAAUAAUUAUGUCUAACAAACAGAGCAGCCAAGCAUCCCAGAGGAAACCAUCCACCAACAAGAACAUCAAGAAGCUCCGCACAGUUAGCAUGGUGUGCAGCCUGGCGAGCAGCUGGCAGCAGUGGGUGACGGAGAACGAGACAAAGCAGGCCAGUGAACCCAGCGGCUGGGCUCCAUCCUCACUGGGAGGACCAACAGAAGAACCCAAAAAGACAUGGGUCCCCAAGAAACCUCCUCCCUCUCAAGCCCAGCCAAAGGAAGUUUCUCAAAAUAAUGCAACAACUUCUGGAGAUGCUCAAAAGACAUUAGCUCCUCACGAGAAAACUGAGGGGGGUCUGACCUCAGCUGAGCCACCGGUUGCGUCUCGUAUCAAGACAAAGCAAGUGGUUAAAACGGUGACCAGUGGGGUUCAGGAGAAAAGCGCAGGCAUCGGACUCCUGACCGAGAAGAUCAAGAGAGAGGCUCUGCCAUCAGGCGAGGAGAUUGACAGGCUGCUGACGAAGAAAAGCUCACCCACGCGCCGCAGGAAGUGCUCCAACAUGGUAUCAUCACUGACCAAAAGCUGGAAGCAGGUGGAGAACGAGCAGAAGUUCGGAAAAGAAAGACAAGUACUAGGAGAGGCCCACACCUUUGGUGUAGAUAAAGAGGAGAGUGGACACACUGAGGCAGGAAAGGAGAGACUGGAGAUAGAGGAUGCUCAAACACACACAGCAAGCUUUUUAAAAGAAGCAGAGCAAAGAGACUGUGAAGGAGACUCUGAGUCAGCAGUGAAGAUUAAAAGACCUCCAGUAUCAGCGUACAAAAAGGAAGCUGAAGAUGCCAACAAGAUUAGUGCUCUCUCCAAGAAAUACAGUGCUGUGGGAAACCUUAAGAGCCGCUGGCAGAACUGGGCCUCGGAGCACAAUGUUAACCAGAAACUAAACCCCUUCAGUGAAUACUUUGACUAUGAUUACUCCAUGUCUCUCCGCCUCCAGAAGGGUCAGGAUGGUUAUGGACGCCCCAAAGAAGGCACUAAAACAGCGGAGAGAGCCAAACGUGCAGAGCAACACAUCCACCGUGAGAUCGCUGACAUGUGUUACGUGAUCAGGACUAUGGCUGAUCCAGACCCAGACGGAAAGACCCGCAUCACGUUUGGACAGCUGUUUGACAGAUACGUUCGGAUCUCUGAUAAGGUGGUAGGGAUUCUGAUGAGAGCCAGAAAACAUGGGAAGGUGGCGUUCGAAGGGGAGAUGCUGUGGCAAGGCCAGGAUGAUGGAGUGAUCAUUACUCUGCUGGUUUGAUAUUAACACCUGGGUCAGUGUUGUACUGGAAAUCCUCAGUUAUUAUCAGACAGGGCUAAGAGGAGGAUUUAAAAUACAAUUUGGCCUGGGUCUAUUCAGUGGACACUCGCAGAACAAUAUCAAAAGGAUACAGAGACUACAAAGCUUGGCGAAUGAGUCAAUGUGGAUUAUCCAAAGAAUUUUUUGCUGCUAUUUUUGUAGAUACUUGAAGACGCUUCCACUCAGCGUUGUGGAUGUGUGACGUGUAGCUCUCAUGCACAUGUUGUGAGAAAUCUGCAAAGACUUUGAAGUUUUAGUUCACAAGCUCUGGAGAGAUAAAUCCCGAGUUUUUGUCUACUUAUGUUUCCAUUCAGAGUAGCUUGCAGAUUUUCAUACGUGUCUCUUUUGCACUUUCUUUAUAGCUUAUGUUAAUGAGAUACUUAAGUAUCUGUUAAUGUACCAAAUAACCAGCAGCUUUGCAGUAUACUGUAGCGCAGUAAUUCAGACAGGGAUUGGGUUUCAUUGCCUGAAUUCUUUCAGCUCAGCACUCAUUACACUGUACCAGGCACAAUGCAGGGGAACAGAGCAGACCACAGCACUUUUAAAUCUCAUGGCCUGUUAGACUGAGGCUGUUAUGAUUAAUGUAAAGAAUGGCUGGGAAAACUUUCCUUUUCAAAGUCAGUUAUUAAAUUUUAGAAGAACUUACUGGGAUUUGUAAAAUCAUAAAGAACACAACUAAUGUUGUUUUCUUUUCUGAAAACGAUUGGGCAAAAGGCCAUAUUGAUAUAUACUGUACAUUUUACAGUAUAUAUCAAUAUGCUGAAAAAAUAUGUUUUCAAGACUUAAAUUUUCUUUAACUUCAUUUCAAUUUGUUAUUGCUACCCCUUCAGCCUUUAGAGGCAGUUAGAUUGCUGAAUUGAACUACAAUCGUCCAUUACUGACUUUCCUUUGCCCAUUUUCCGCAUGAGAUUCAUGUAAAAUUAAAGCAUGUGACACUGUAUUUACUGUAUGUUUCAUAUGACAUUUGAUUUCUGAAGCAUUCCCUCCUCCAAAAAAAAAAAAAAGAAAAAAAAAUGGUUUCCAGGAAGAGUCCUUAGAAAAACAUGAGGGAAGUAAAUGGAGACUUGGUUUAUGCAGAAAGAAAUUCUAAACAUUCACAUGAAGUGGUAUUGCCAGUCACUCGACAUGCCAUGGUAAGUCAAGUAAAUGUGAAGAGGCAGUUCAACAUUGCUGUGCCAUACUUGUUGCUGUUAGACGAUGAGCUUGACUCUUCCUGCAAGAAUUCUGAGCACAUGAAUUGGUCUGGCAGAAAUGUCCUAUGCUUCCUGUUGUGGACAGAUCUCGUCUCUUUUACAGAACCUGAAUCUGAGGAAAGGGACACCUGUGGGGACUCAGUAUGACCCUUCCAUUAACCAAACACCCUGAUCAAACUGAAAAGGCAUAUUCUGCUUAUUUAGAAUUUUCUGAAGAGGGGAAUUUAACACAAGUUAGCACUGCUGAUUUCACAUCAAGGCUCUGAGACUAGUAGUUUGGUUUUCGCUAAAGCAAAAAUUGGGGUUUUCCUUUUCCUUUAUAUGAAAGACCUUAUCAUUUGUCAAUUUCAUGUGUUGGUUAUUUAAAAAUGGUUAUAUAUAUAUAUGUAAUCACAAAGUUUGAUCAACAUUACAGUAAACUUGGCAUAUUGGCAUGUGGCAUGUUACAUGUUACAUGAAAGAAGCAUGACAUAAACAGGCAGCAGUCAAAGAAACAUACCUGACAUACUACGAACAGAAAACACCACCCACUGAUUUUUGUAAGAUGGUUAUGAUGAUUAACUGGUAGUUACUCCUUUUUUUUCCGGAAUUCAAAUCAGCCACACUAUAUAUAUGGACUGAACGCUGUACAGAAGUGCAGCGUUCUGGUGGGUGGCGAAGCUUCAUCAACUCUGAUGCACACUUGAACUGUAUAUUUCUAUCACAGAGAAAACUGCAAAUCAGACAG